AUGGAUGUGGCCAACAACACUACCUCCCCCACCGAGCAGUCCUCCGCGAGGGGCCAGGGCGCCGCGGUGACCCUCAGCUACCAGCUCCUCACCUCCCUCUUCCUGGGCACCCUCAUCCUCUGCGCCCUGCUGGGCAACGCCUGUGUGAUCGCGGCCAUAGCCCUGGAGCGCUCCCUGCAGAACGUGGCCAACUAUCUUAUAGGCUCCCUGGCCGUCACCGACCUGAUGGUCUCGGUGCUGGUGCUCCCCAUGGCCGCCCUCUACCAGGUGCUGAACAAGUGGACGCUGGGGCAGGUCACCUGCGAUAUCUUCAUCUCCCUAGACGUGCUGUGCUGCACCUCCUCCAUCCUCCACCUGUGCGCCAUCGCCCUGGACAGGUACUGGGCCAUCACCGACCCCAUAGACUAUGUCAACAAGCGGACUCCCAGGCGAGCGGCUGUGCUCAUCAGCCUGACCUGGCUCAUCGGCUUCUUGAUAUCCAUCCCGCCCAUGCUGGGCUGGCGGACGCCCGAGGACAGGUCGGACCCCGACGCCUGCACUAUCAGCAAGGACCACGGGUACACCAUCUACUCCACCUUCGGCGCCUUCUACAUCCCCCUGCUGCUGAUGCUGGUGCUCUACGGACGGAUCUUCAGGGCGGCCCGGUUCCGGAUCCGCAAGACCGUCAAGAAAGCGGAGGAGAAGAAGAAGAUCGCCGACACCUGCCUGACGGUCUCCCAGGCCAGCCACCAGAGGAAAAGCAACGGGGAGCCCAGCAAGAGCUGGAAGCGGACUGUGGAGCCCAAGCCCAGCGCGUGUGUCAACGGGGCCGUGAGACACGGGGAGGAUGGAGCUGCUCUGGAGGUCAUCGAGGUCCAGCACUAUCACAACUCCUCCAAAACUCACCUGCCCCUGCCCAGCGACCCCUGCAGCACCCCUCUGGCCCCAUCCUUCGAGAAGAAGAACGAGAGGAGCACCGAGGCCAAGAGGAAGAUGGCUCUGGCCAGGGAAAGGAAAACGGUCAAAACCCUGGGCAUCAUUAUGGGCACGUUCAUCCUCUGCUGGCUGCCCUUCUUCAUCGUGGCCCUGGUCUUGCCCUUUUGUGACAGUGAGUGCUACAUGCCGGACUGGCUGGGGGCAGUCAUCAACUGGCUGGGCUACUCCAACUCCCUCCUCAACCCCGUCAUCUACGCCUAUUUCAACAAAGAUUUCCAAAGUGCUUUUAAAAAAAUUAUCAAAUGCAAGUUUUGCAGGCAGUGA